UUUGAUGUAAAUCAUGAAGGAUCAAACGUUGGACCGAGGUCCACGUCAGCAGCGCCGGCAAAUCAUGUGCAGUGGUACUACCCACCUGGCACACCAACAGCACCAUUUCAUCAUCAGCAUCAGCAGCCAGUUCCUUUCUAUGGGUACUCUCCGACCUACAUUGCUACUGAUGUCAGUUACAAUCAUAAGUUGAGUUACACUGGCGGGUCCUACAUGAACGGGCAUUACUCACAGCCACAGGUGUAUACGGGGCAAGCUAUUAUGGGUGCCAACACACUGAUGCCAAUGUACCCUCUGUAUCAUUUCCAUCAAUCACAGACAAUGGGCUUACCGGCCCACAUCUUCCCACCUACAACAGCGGGGCCCAUGACAACGGUCCCUACUAUGAUGUCAAAACCUGCAUCAAUUGCUGCUCCUAACACAGUUUGUUUGGCUGUGGAAUAGGUAGUACAGUUGGCGGAGGUGAAAAGGCAUAAAAGGGGUUGUAGGUGAGCUGGCAGUAACAUGGCAAUG